AUGCGCUUCUCGUGGGGCCUGUCAACGCUCGCUGCUGGCCUAGCCACUGUGCAGGCCCAGUAUCUUAUCAAUGAACUCAGCUUUGGCUUCAACAACAGGAUAUCCCCCGAAGGGAGCCGCUCAGUCCCCAAUUUCUCUCUCCAGGGUCGCCCCACGCUCCCUGAACUCCUCUCCGACCGUAUCAUCUUGACCCCAGUGCACCCGGGCAAUCAACGGGGAGCCAUUUGGGCCGACAAGACGCUGCAGCAGAGCACAUGGAUCGCAGACGUCGAGUUCCGCGCAAACGGCCCGGAACGUGGCGGCGGCAACUUCAACAUCUGGCUGGUGAAGGACGGUUCCCACGCGGUAGGCACCAACAGUGUGUACUCGGUCGGCCGCUUCGAAGGUCUGGUGCUGGUGAUUGACCAGCAUGGAGGGUCCGGUGGCAUGCUGCGUGGCUUCCUGAACGAUGGCAGCAUCGAUUAUUCAUCGACUCGGGAUGUGGACAACUUGGCUUUCGGUCACUGCCGCUUCGCGUAUCGUAACCUGGGUCGCCCGACGCAGAUCAAGUUGCGUCAGACGGAGACCAAGUUCAGCGUGGAAGUCGCCGGGCGCAUGUGUUUUGAAAGCGACAAAAUCCGUCUGCCUAGCGGGUACAACUUUGGUGUGACCGCCAGCUCGGCCGACAACCCCGACUCGUUUGAGGUGUUUAAGCUCGUUGUCCUCACAGGGGAGAACAGCCACGAGUACGCGGGCAUGUACCAGACCCAGCAACAAGCCCAGCAACAGCAACAGCAGCAACAGACCCAGCAACAGCAACAGCAGCAACAGACCCAGCAACAGCAACCGCCCGUCCAGCGCCGACAAAUCAUCCCCGACGAUCCCUACGACAAUAUCAUCCCCGACGAAGAUCCCGACAAAAUCGUCUCCUCCAAAGCCCAAUUCGCCGACCUACACAACCGCAUCCAGUCCGUCAACCACCACCUCUCAACCAUCUUCCGCUCUAUGGCCCAGAACGCCGCUAUCCUCGAGCAGCGCCACUCUGAGACCUCUCAGCUCAUCUCCGACAUUAAGGGCCUGCUCAGCAGCAACAACCACGUUGUGUCCGAGCGCCUGCGCAGUCUGGAGAACAAGAUCCAGGAGCUCGACAGGCAGAUUACCCAGCUGCAGAGCGAGUUUCAUGCUCGCAUUGGCGCGUCAGAGAACGCAAUUAUGAUGCAUGUCAGUGAUAGGCAUGCGGCUCUCGCGGGCGAUGUCAGGGAGCAUACUUCGAGUGGGUACAUGAGAUUGUUGAUUAUCCUGCUUGGUGGGCAGGCGGCAAUGGCUGGCGGGUACUUUUAUUACAAGAAGAAGAAGAUGGCUGUGCCGAAGAAGUAUCUGUGA